AUGAGGUGGACGAAUCACAAUCUUGGAAAAGAGCAGCUCAUCGAGCCGACGGGAGAGGGCAACGGAAGGAGGAACAAGACGAGAACGUUCCUGCUCAAGGCGGCGAACCGAGUGUUUACGGAGCGGCCGCUGUCGCAGGUCGAGGUGAUCGCGCACCUCCUAGGGUACCCGGCGGAGUUCAGCAGCGGCUCGGCGUGGGCGUACGUAAACGUGAACCAGCUCUACUGGGCCGUCUUCCGCCGGUGGCGGCACCUCCGACGGGCGAGCGGCGCGGAGGCGACGGGCGACGCGCCGGACGAGACGGUCGUCGUCGAGGAGGCCGGCCCGAGGAUCCCCCUCGUCGAGGCCUACCGGCACAGGGGCGAGCUCCUGCGGGGCCUCUGCCUUUAUGACUACGCAUCGCUCGUAAGGCUAAAGCGAAACGGCAGCGGCGCCGACGGUGGGACGGGCUGGGGCGAGGUACCCUUCGCGGAGAGCUGGGCGUCGGGGAAGGGCUGGGUGCAGGCGCUUAGGCGGCCGGGCAGCGGGGCGACCGUAUGCCUCGACGGAUACCUCAGCAAGGAGUUUAGCGAGGAAGACGACGAGUCGUGCCACCGAAGGGCGGCGGUGCAGCACCUGGCCCUGUUCGUGCCGUGGGAAUCCUUCCUCGGCGAGGAGGCAGGCGACAUUAACGACAUCUGGGCGCGGGCGCGGGGGUCGCUGGCGCCGAGGGUCGCGCGGCUCGCAGACAACGUGCAGCUCCUCCGGCGGUCGGCGGAGGACGCGAAGCGCGACGCCAAACAGUGGGCCGCCACGUCGGAGGAAGGCGAGACGGCGGCUGCGCAGGCCGAGGGCGGCGAAGGGGCGUACCGUGCCGGCGGCGCGGGCGACGCGGCGCGGCUCAUCGACGUCGUACGGAACGCCGCCAGUGCAGGACAGGUAACGGCACAGUCGACGGAGCUGCUCGCGAUGACGCAGCAGCUCUGCCGGUUCCAGCAGUCGGCGCUCGGGUCGGCGGUCGAGCUCGCGGCGACGGUAGUGGCGGACGAAAGGGCAGGCAGGAGGGGCAUCCAGGGCGGCGGGGCGACGGCGGGCAUGGGGGCCGACCGCGGCGCGGCCCUUCGCGGGGUGAUGGGGGGCUUCGGCGAGGACGACAUGGACGUAAUGGCGGCCGACGGUGACGUAGACGCAGGCACGGCGGCGGGGAUGCACGUGCGGCUCGGCCCGUCGAGCUCGUUCGUCGCCGCCGGCAGGGAGCUAGCGGGGCAGCUAACGCUUAACGAGAAGCAGUCGGUCGCCCUCCUAAUCGUAUGCCGGCAGCUCGACCGGAUGCGGCUGGGCGACGGGGCAGGCGGCGAUGGCGGCGGCCAGCUCUGCCUAUUCAUCGGCGGCGAGGGCGGCACCGGCAAGUCGCGCGUCAUCGAGGCGCUCGUCGAGCUGCUCGCCCGGAGGGACCUAUCGAGCCGGCUGCUGGUGACGGCGACGUCGGGCACGGCGGCAGCACGGAUCAACGGCAUCACACUACACUCGGCCUGCGGCCUGCGGCCUUACGGUCGGCCAGGGCGGCCGGGCAGGAGGGGCGACGAGGGACGUAGACGGCGUACGGAGAAGGAGGUGCUGGUGAUCGACGAGGUCAGCAUGCUCGGGGCGCGGACGCUGCACGCCGCCAACGAGCAGCUGUGCAGGCUGCGGGGGUCGGCGCGAGACUUCGGCGGCAUCCCGGUGGUGAUCUUCUGCGGCGACUUCCACCAGUUCCGGCCGGUGCAGGAGCGGCCGAUCCUGCUGCCGAGCGCGGCGGUGGCGUGGGACGAGGACGGGGCGUUCGCGGCCGAGCAGCGACGGCAGCACGACAAGGCGCACGCGCUGUGGCGGCGGUUCACGACGGACCGGUCGGACCUGGAGCUGCUCAACUCGAGGUGCUACCGGCCGGGCAGGCGGAUCCCGUGGGAGACGGGCCUGACGGUGGUGACGCCGCUCAACCGGAACCGCUGGAACCUUAACCUAGAGGCGGCGCUCGCGUUCCGGGCGCAGCGACGGACGGCGGCGCGCGUCUUCCUGUCCGAGCACAGGUGGAAGGAGGGCGUGCCGACGGAGGAGGAGGCGGCGCUAAUGCUAGGCUACGGCGACGACAGCGCGACGCCGGUGCCGGCCGUCUUCGUCUUCGUGCCAGGCAUGCCGGUCGUCGUGAACCAGAACACGCACCAGGGGCUGAAGCUGGUGAACGGGGCCGGGUAUACGGCGGUGGAAGUCAUCCCCGACCGGGCCUUCCCCGGCCACCGGGUGUCGGCGGAGCUAACGAUACACUUCCGGCCGCCGGCGGGCAUCGUGCUGGCCUCAGAGACGACCAUGGACUUCCACUUCGUCGGGAUGCCUGCCGGGACGAUCCUGCUGACGCCCAUCAGCGUCAAGAUCGACGCGCAGCGGAAGCGGCCGUGGCAGCGAAGCGACCUGUCGCGGUGCCCGACGCUCGACGGCAUCAUGCUCGUGUCGGAGGUGCGGGAGCGGGACCUGGUGGGGAACCGGGUCCCCGGGGAGAUGACGGCGGCCCAGGCCCGGCUGGAGGAGCUGGGCGGGCGGACGGCGCGGGAGGCGGCUGGCUGGCUCCGCGGGUAA